GUUCGGAAACGCCGCAGAACAACCCACAGCAGAGCAAACACAACUUACCAAAACCCGUACGUUGAGCCAAAUUCUAUCGAAUUUGGUGCGGUUUCAGCUUCAGGGCAACGUUGCAAAACAGCAAAAACGAUCUCAGCCAAAGGAUGGGCAUGAUGGACAGCCUCGGCCUCAGCGGGCUCGCUGGUGGCGUGCAGCGGAUGGACAAGCGACAGUUUCUGUUCCAAAUGCUCAGCUUCGGCAUGAUCGUCUCGUCCGCCCUGAUGAUCUGGAAGGGCCUGAUGGUGGUCACUGGCAGCGAGUCGCCGAUUGUUGUGGUGCUGAGCGGUAGCAUGGAACCGGCUUUCCACCGUGGCGAUCUGCUGUUCCUCACAAACCAGGACGAGCCGGUGCGCGUCGGCGAGAUUGUGGUGUUCAAGAUCGAGGGCCGCGAUAUUCCGAUCGUUCACCGGGUGAUUAAGCUGCACGAAAAGAGCAACGGCACGGUGAAAUUCCUCACGAAAGGUGACAACAACUCCGUGGACGACCGGGGCCUGUACGCGCCGGGGCAGCUGUGGCUGACGAAGAAAGACAUCGUCGGACGGGCAAGAGGCUUCCUACCGUACGUGGGGAUGAUCACAAUCUACAUGAACGAGUACCCGAAGCUAAAGUACGGCAUCCUGGGCCUGCUAGCGCUGUACGUGCUUGUGCACAGGGAAUAGAACACCCGAGCGGAGGCUGCAUCAUUCUUCCCUUUUUUCCCUACCAUUUUCGAUACAUCCGGACGGACGGAGGCGGUCGCUGCUGCCGGUCUGUGGAUGCGUUUGAUUCUCUCAGCAGCAGCAUUUGUGUUGUGUUUACUAAUUGUUCCCGCUGCGCAAACGCUCCACCGAGGGGACAUUGUGGAGCACGGCAUGCGGCAGUCAGCGGCAGUAUGGUUUAUCGCACGAAACAGCAGUACGUAAGGUGGAGACGGUGGAAAAUAAAUAAGAACUUAAAACACCUAA